UAUUAAUCUUGGAUUUCACUAUUAUCUUAAACUAUUUCUAUAAUUUUAGAUUAGGUUUAAAUAACUAUGUCAGAUGAUGAUGCUAAUUCUUAUUCAAGCAGGGAGAAAAAUUUCUUAGCUAUUGUAACAGAUAACAGCGAUUUUAAUGAUAGUAAUGAGGAUAUUUAUAAAGCCUCUAACAAGGAACUUGUAAAAAACUUCGCUAGUCAAAUUAAUACACUGGAGGAAUAUGAUGAUGAAUUAAUAAAGUUGUUUCUUGAAAAAGAAAUUCUAGAAAAAGCUUUGCAAAGUGAGCAUGAGCUCAGUGGCAGCAAUGACCAAAAUUUAAAGUUGGAUGAUAAUUUAAAUCUAAUUGAAUCUUCAUCAGAAGAUUAUGAACAAUGUCCUAUAUGUUUAAUCAGAUUUAUAGAUCAAGAUACUGCAUCACCAAAUAAUUGUGAUCAUAGUUUUUGUUUAGAAUGUUUAACCGAAUGGUCCAAAAAUGUAACAACCUGCCCAAUUGACCGGAAGCCUUUUGAAUAUAUAUAUGCUAGACACUCAUUUGAAGGCACUAUAUAUAAAAAAAUAAUGGUUGAUAUCAAAAAAAUAGAGGACAUAUUUGAAGAUAAUUUAGAAGAUACAACCCAUUGUGAAGUUUGCCAUUCGGGGGACAGAGAAGAAAUUCUUUUAUUAUGUGAUAUAUGCAAUAAUGGGUAUCACAUGGAUUGCUUGACUCCCAUUUUGGUGGAAGUUCCAAUAGCCGAAUGGUUCUGCCCAGAAUGUGAUAGACCAACUUCUUCGGAAUCCUCCUUUUACUCCCCCAGCAUAUCUAAAAGCGAUGCUGAUGGACUAAGAAAAUCGAAACGUUUAAUCAAACUUGAACAACCCCAAGGCUCAAGCAGGUUCACGCUUCAAUUCAACGAAGAAACGGCUUCAACAUCGAGACAUGUCGGAAGGGGGCUCGCCAUACCUCGGACAGGGGUUAGCGAAAGGGUAAGAGCUAGGAUAAUUCAAAACCGAGCCCGAAACUGCAAACCCCGGAAUAAUCCAUCCUUUCCAUUCCAUACUAUUGUCGAAUCUAACUUGCCCCUCACCACAUCAUUGUGUAAAUCAGCUUCCGUUGCCUCUCUAGGCGAUAACGACCUUAGUAACAGUGCUGAAGAAGGCGGAGAAGUCAUACGUUUGCUGCAAGCCUUAAAGGAUAGGCGGAAAAAAACGGCGCUAAGACUAAAAACGAAGAGAAAAAGGAAGAAAAAUGGCAAGAGAAUCAGGAUCAAACCCAAGCGACGUUUUAAGAAUAGGGAGAGCUUCAGAGGCCGAGAUAGAAAGAAUCGACUUAAAGAGCGUUACGAGAAGGUUCUGGCACUAGCCAAAAAGAGAAAGUCCCAAAUCAAAAAGGAACGGCGAGUUGAUAACGAAAUCAAGGCAUUUGGUCACGAAUCCGAAAAAUUUAAAACGAUGUCCUUGGUAGGGGUCAUUCGCUUUAGCCCACUCUUUUCACCCAGUUCCAGUGCUUCACCUACUGUUGAUGAAAGAAAAUUAAAAAGCGCAAUUAAACGGGUUCCCCACAAUGGCAAGGAUUUACUUGAUUCGAUAUUUGAAAGCCAAAAUAAUUUAUUGACCGGAAUAACGCCUGACAUAAAUUAUUCUGACGUGAGCGUAUCGAUUAACGGCAAACUCGAUUGGGGGGUUGUAACUCCUGGAAGGUGUAAUAAAUUUAGCGGGAUAAAAAAUGAUAGAAAGAUCCCUAUCAAUAAAAUUAAAUCGGUGGCAUCUCAAGCUUUGGAGGAAGAAGAAGUCCAAAUCAACAAAAUCUCAAAAUCCCCUAAUAAACAAACGAUUUUGUCAACCACCACAUUUUCUUCUCAAAAAAUUGAUCCCACGGAAGGGGCUAAUUUGAAGCGCAAUAAUGAAAUAGCUGAAUUGAAAUCUAUCAAAUCUCACAAGAAAAGCCGAAUCAGUGAGAACGAACCGAAAUCAUCGCACCAGCUAAAAACACCGUUGUCGACGCAGCCCGAAUCUACAUGCUUAAAAAAUACCGAAAGUGAAUCUUGCAAGGAUAAUAAAGACAAAAAUGCUAUUUCAUUCAAUAAAUUCAACACUCACCAUUCCAGGUCUCACGAACCAAAUAACUUCGUACAUAAAACCAAGUCUCCAGCUAACAUAAAUAAACCGUUUAGUCAGAAAACCCUCGAAUCUUUGAGAGAAGAUAGUUCAAAAAUAUUGGGCAAAACGCAGCACAAAUGGCCCAAAAUAUCGAAAGCUAUCCUUCAUUCCAUCACUCUAUCUAAAGAGGGUCAUACCAAUAUAAACUCCAAAAUUUUACAAGAGACCACCGAAUUAAAGGCUAAUCCUGAUAUAGACGUGCUGUUGGAUGAGGUAGUAUUCGUUUCUCCGCAUGUUUCUCAAACUACAGAAAUCAUAACGCUCGAUGAUGAACCCUAUUUUGAUGAUCCUUUAGACACUAUCCCUCUCCCAUACGAUCCCUUCUAUCCUACGUCUACCUCCCCCCCUCUUAGUCCACCUCGCUCCUAUUAUGCCAGAAUUUCCCCUUUACCUCACCUGGCUCCUCCGCCUAUCCCUAUAUUCCAAUUAUCACUAACCUCCCUGCCUAUCCCCUUCUUAAAACCAUCUAGUUACGACCUAAAUAACCUUCCCGCCACAAUCUUACUACACAACGAUAGUGAUUCUAUUCCUUUACCCACUAACUCUUUUCCGUUAUAUGUACCGCCUACAUUUAUUGAACCAAUGAGGAUUACCACCAUUCCAGCUCCCCUUAGCCUUUGUCGUAUCAGUAUAGCUUCACGUUUUAAUAUGAAGGAUUAUUCGUGUCUUGCCUUUCGAUCUGAAGCUUUAUCCAAAGAAUUCGAAGCAAUUAUACCUUUUUCAAAGUCUUUAUCGUCGGUCAAAAAUAUAAUUGAGCAAGAUAACGGUUUCGCGAACGCAGCCCAAACAAAUCUUGAUCCUCCAUUUUUCGUAAAAGAGAAAGACGUAAAUUCCAACAUCAUCAAAGUUAUUGAUACUUUAGCCUCCUCAGUUACCAACGUUCAAAAUAAUCAAGGGGACACCUCCUCCAAAGUACAUCCAGAAGACGAAUCAUAUCCUAUUAAAUUAAAACCCGUCCUCCUUCCUGUACAGGAUAAAUCCACCAGGCCAGACGAUCUCAAUCAAGCAUUAUCCCUAGCAAUCGAAAAACUGACACGAAAAAUAACUAAGAAAAAAUCUUCCAAUCACAAUAAUCACUCGAAUCGUCAUAACUCUUCUAAAUAUCGCACUCAAACGUCCCCCAACUACCACCAAAACAAGAAAUCGCUGCAACAAUAUAACAAACCCCCCCUAUCUUUCGCCAUAAAAAAUGAGCUGGAACCUGGAAUAAUAUUAGAUUUGGCUGAAAAGGUUGAGCGGGAGGAAGGUCUAGUAGAGCGAUUGAAGCCAGUUUGCUCAGUCAAAGAAAAACUACUUUUCAAGGUCAAACGGAUGAAUGCCGAAAUAUCGAACACGAGUUUAUUAGACGUGGUAGAUAACGUAAUUGAAGUUGAGAAUAAUAAUGACAGAACGGUUAAUCGAAAUAUUAAUUUGGCUAGAAACGAAGAAGUUCCCGAUUCUGCUACCCAUUUAUGGAAAAGAGAAAAGUAUUUUCAAAAAUUGAAUCACCAACAACGAGUUGCCGAAGAAGUUAAAGUAGCGUUAAAGCCUUUUUACAAUAAAGGUGAGAUCGAUAAACAACAAUACAAAGAUAUUAUGAAACGAGCUGUAAUCAAGAUUUGCAGAAGUGGAAAAAUCAACCCUACCAAAAUAUUAGCUUUAGUUGAAGCCUACGUUAAGAUGUAUAUCAAAUAGUGCCAGUUUUUCACGUUGUUCGAAAAAAUAAUUGUUGAUUUUAUCAUUUUGAUCUUUAUUGUUAUCACUUUAAAUAAAAUAAAAGUUAUUUAUAUAUUUUAUAAAAUUGAACCCUCUAUUAUUUAUCCAUUUUUUUAUUGAUUUUCGAUACCCAAUUUUUAUAAAUGAUAAAAAUACAAU